UUUACAGUGUACAAGUAUUAUUUCUCAAUUUACAAUAUUAGAGUAUGAUUGUUAUUUGGGUAAUUUAGUUCAAACUGUGAUACGACGACCCGUCUCCUUUACAAAGAUCGAACCCUACCCUAGCCGCGUUUCUUCCUUAACCAGUAGUGUUUUGUGCUCAAGUGAGAAGCAUGGUGUAUCCUGAUAGUUUUGGAUGUGUUUCAAUCAUUCAUGUGAUAAUGGAACAGAUAUUUGGAAUGGCUGAAAAGGAGAUGGAAUAUAGGGUCGAAUUAUUCAACAAGAUGACCCAGACCUGUUUCAAAAAGUGUGUUGACGAAAGGUACAAGGAGUCUGAGCUAAAUAUGGGUGAAAAUAGUUGCAUUGACCGCUGUGUUUCUAAAUACUGGCAGUUCUUAGGAGCGUUCUAGGACAACUACGAUGGCGAUUUUCAGACCAUUAUUGUGCGUGUUUUUCUCCUCACCCUCACAACGACAUUUGUCUACUCCCUCACCUUCACAGUUAGUUUCAUUUCUUGUUUUUUGUAUGUUAGUUGUUGCAUUUUCAUUGGUUGUUGCACUUUUCAUUGGUUGUUACUACUUUUAAAAUUCUGGAAAUUUUUGUAGUGUAUUCUUGUGUUUUAUAUUUAUUUUUCAUGGUUUAAGUGGAAGAAAAUAUUGGCGAAUUUUCUCUAAAAAGAACUCAAAUUGUCGUAUGUUGUAAGAACAACAGACGUCAAUUAAUUUCACCCACGUUCAAUUCAAUACAUAUAUAUUCUGAAAUUUGAGUUUAGAUCAUGUUUGUCUCUUAGUGAAGUUAAUUGCAAUUGAAUUGAAUAAUCUUGUAUAUUGAAUGUUUGAAUUGUUAUAAUUGUUCGAGUUUAUAUAUUGUUAGAAUUUCAUGAGUUUGCCUUUUUUAUCUAUGGAUGUGUUUUCCUUUUACUAUGAUCACAUGAUACGUGUUUUGGGGUGUAGGGGUCUUAAGCCGAAUUCAAGGUUAUACUGUAGCAAACUGAGGAAGGAUAUAUAGGAGGCCGACCGAUGACUGUAGCAAACCAGGGCAAGUCAUGCAAGAGGUUGGUUAAGCAUCGUAGUAGACUGGGCAGGUCAUGCAAGAGGUCGACUGAGUACUAUAGUACAUCAAACAACACAUGCAAGAGAUUGAUCGAGUUGUUCGAAAGCUCAACUACACUUUGUUUCGCUCAUCCGGAACAUGUGGGAGGGUACUUGUAGAAGACACUUUGAUACUUAAGAUGCAUAUUGUGUGCACGAUGUUCUAAAGUCAUACCUGAGACCCUUAUACAAUUAUUGUAAUGGCCUUUACUUUUCACUGGUGUAAUGAUAGCUCAAUCACACCUUAAUAUGUACUAGGGGUUUAAUGAGUUCUUACCACUAAUAAUCUGAUCAUGUUGUCAGCUUGAUAGUAGGCCUAACUGGUCGGCAUGUGGUCGUACAAUACACAAGUACUCAGCUGACCAGGUCGACCACCUAGGCUGACUACCAAACUGACAACCCAUCAGGCCGACCACUUAAGCCGGCCAGGUUGCCCACCAAGCCGACAACAUGGUUAGAUUAUCAAUGAUAAUAACUUAUUAAACUCCCAAUGCAUAUUAAGGUGUGAUUGUGUUGUCAUUAGGCGAGCGAAAGGUAAAGACCCAUUACAACUAUUAUAUAAAGAUCUCAUGUAUGAGUUUGGAACAUCAUGCACAUUAUAUGCAUCUUUAGCCAACUAAAGGGUCACUUACUGACUUAGGCAUCAAAGUGUCUUCUGUAGAUGCUCUUGCACACAUUCUGGAUGAGCGAAACAAAGUGUAGUCGAGCUUCCCAACAAAUCGGGUAGGAAUAGCUCUAUUAAUCUCAUGCACGUCCUGCCCGAUAUGGUAUAGUACUCGAUGACCUCCUGCAUGACCUACCCCGAUAUGUUACCGUGCUCGAUCGACCUGCUGUAUGACCUAUCCCAGUCCACUACAGUGCUCGAUUGACCUCUACAUAUCUUUCCUCGGUUUGCUAUAGUGUUCCUCAAAAAUCUCCAACCUUAAAUUCAACCUAAGACCUCUACCUAAUAUACUAUUCAAAUAUAAAAUUUAAAACCAUUUUAUACAAUAAUACAUAUUUAAUAAAAUUGUAAAAUUUAUUAACCUGU